ACACAUAGAAAGUUGUGUUGUGUUAUAGAUAGGUACUGUUGUCGGAUUAAAGCGUUGUACCAACACUUCUGAUGGGAUUUUACAAGCUUUACUUAGUUUUACCUACCUGCCCCUGAUAGAGGAUUGUUUGCUGAUCUACUACUUUAUCAGAGCAUAUAUCUCUUGGAAGUCUAGUGCUAUCAAUCCCGAUUCAUAUGAAUUGUCAUCAGUUUUGUGAAUAGGAUGCAUAUAAUUGAUCAAAGGAAUAAAAGGACAUGCUAGAAGGCAUACUCAUCAAAAGGAACUCAUAUAAAAUGAAAGAGUGAAGCAGUUUAUGAAUGUGACUUCUGUACAUGGAGUUUAAGAAAUCUGGAAAGGUAACACAAAUGCAGCCAAGUUAUUGUAUCAUUCAGCGACCAGACAGCCCGAUACCCUGAUUAUGGACAUGGUUUGGACUGUAAGGAAUCAAUUUCUUAAUACCCGAACACUACCGGCCAAAAUGAAUUCAAUCUUAAUAUUAGUGCUUGGGUUACUGGCUUCCGGUCUUGAGGUGAUAGGUCAACAACGUUAUACACUUCCGGAGGAGAGACCGCCGGACUACUAUCUGGGGAAUGUCGCCGCUGACACCAAGCUGUUUGAUGAGGUCAAGGAUGACUCGAUCCGGCGGAGCACGCGAUUCAGCUUUUUAUCUCAGGGAAACCAAUACGCGGCCUACUUCCGGAUUUCUUCAACGACCAGCGAGUUAUACACUGCAUCAACAUUGGACCGUGAGUCGCUGGAGGUCUGCGAAUUUGCUGAUGCGUGUGUACUGCCAUUAGAAAUCGUUGCCCAAGCUACUGUCGGACUCUUUUUCAAAAAAAUCACCGUGCACAUCGAUAUUCAAGAUAUAAACGAUAACCCUCCGCGCUUUCUGUCUAGCACACGAACGAUCGAGGUCUCCGAAGCAUCUGUCAUAGACACGUCAUUUCCGCUAAAUGGAGCAGUAGACAAUGACAUCGGGUUAAAUUCUAUUCAAAAUUAUUAUUUGAUUCCCGAGGACACGCCAUUCAAUGUUAAAUUUACCAAAAUCGCUGAUGGUCGAUCGUCUCUGGCCCUGAUUCUUAAUGGAUCAUUGGACCGCGAAUCUGUGACAUUCUACACCAUUCUAAUUAAAGCUGUGGACGGGGGAACCCCCAAACUGACGGGUACACAGACGCUCUACGUCAACGUCACGGACGUCAACGACAAUAGACCCAAGUUCAGCAGCCCUGUGUAUAACGUGACAAUCGACGAGGACCUGGCCCCGGGGUCUACAGUCAUGAAGCUCUCAGCUACUGAUGCUGAUAUUGGUGCAAAUGGACGAGUCAUCUACAAACUGAGUCCUUAUCAAUCACAAGACAUUAUUGAUAUGUUUCAAAUAGACUCUGCUAACGGUUAUCUAACUCUUGCGAAGUCUCUGAAGUAUGAACCUGAUGAAGUUUAUCGUAUUAUCGUUGAUGCGACUGACAUGGCCGACCAGCCACUGUUAACCCAAACUACAGUUAAUGUCAAAGUAAACGAUAAUAAAAAUAACCCACCGCAAAUCAACAUUAAUUUGUUUUCAUCACCGACAUCUGCUAAAAUUUUAGAAUCGGCAACCAAAGGGGUAGCUAUUGCACACGUGGCUAUUGUAGACGAUGACAUAGGCAUGAAUGGCAUUGUGAGGUGUUCGAUUGGGAAACCAGAAUUUAACCUUCAAAAACUGGCCACGAAUGAGUACAAGGUUAUUUUAGCCCGACCACUGGACCGUGAGAUCAAAGAUCAGUAUAAAGUAGAAAUACUGUGUGCAGACUCCGGGUCUCCGGCCCAGAAUUCCUCGUCAUACUUCAUGGCGGAUGUCCUGGAUGUGAAUGAUAACGCGCCGCAGUUUACUGAGGCUAUUUAUAAACGAUCAGUUCGGGAAAACAACCGAUUUGGUGAAAAGGUUUUACAAGUAAGUGCUUUGGAUGCAGACAUUGGAAACAAUUCUCGGAUAAUGUACUCGCUGGACCAAAUUGGAAUGUACGAUUUUGUGAUUAAUCCAGAAACUGGGGAGAUAUUUGCCAAUUUCAUUAUGGACAGGGAGUCAACAGCAGAGAUAAACUUUAAAGUGGUGGCUACCGACUUUGGUGAUCCACAACGCUCGUCCGUGGCUAACGUUAAUCUUGUGAUAUUAGACUACAAUGAACACAAACCUACAUUUUCAGAACCACAUUAUAAAUUCACAGUGCUAGAAAAUUUGCCAGAGAAAACACACGUUGGGCAAGUGGUAGCUACCGAUAAAGAUAUGGGUUCAAAUGCUAACAUCUUAAAAUAUUCGUUAGUGAAGGGUUCUGAUAAUCUUCCUGUUUCGAUGGCAGAAAAUGGUUCUAUUUUUACCAAUCAACCUCUGGAUAGGGAGGCGUUGCCCCAUGGAUUACAGUUCCAAGUGAUUGUAACAGAUGGGGGUAGUCCAGUUUCAUUGUUCUCUACAUGCUAUGUGUCGGUAUUCAUUGAGGAUAUUAAUGACAACAGCCCAGAAAUAUUAUUUCCCAAUAAUGAGAAUUACACAAUAUCUUUUCUUUAUGAUAUCCCGAUCAACAGUGUGGUAGGAAGGAUCCGCUCGGUCGACAUCGAUUAUGGACCAAAUUCUGCGCUUAGUUAUUCCUUUAUUGGAAGUGAUAUUUUCAGUAUUCAUGCCGACAAAGGAGAUAUUUAUGUGACAAGGCAACUUUCGCCUCAGGAUAUUGAUCGAUACACCCUAACGGUUAUUGUGGAAGAUCAAGGCACCCCGAGUAGAAGCAGUAAUCAAAGCCUUGUAAUCCUUGUGACUUCUCAGCAUGCUCAGCUUGUUCUCGCGGAUUCGCACGAGAAGUCAACCAGCGACACCUACAUGCUGAUUGCUGUUGUUAUAUCUUGUGUAACAGUGGUACUUGGUGGUGUCAUCCUCCUGAUAAUUUUCCUAAUUAGAAGAAACGACAGAAAUAAAAGCGUUUCGGCUCAAAACACUUCAAAAUCACAGAAUAAUGAGAACAAAAUGUAUGACGUAAUAGACAGGUCCGCUAGGACUAUGUGUCCAAAGGUGGCAGCUAGUGAAGAUGGGCGGGGUAGGGCGUCCAUUGACCUGUCCGUCGACACCUCCCAAGACCAACUCCUGGGGGAAAGGAAUUCUCUACAGUCGAAUCAGAGUGAGGACGAAAUAGAAAAGAUUCUUGAAAGAAUAACACCAGUCCCUUCCAACUAUACCCGUUCAUCCCGAAGUUCCUCUGUCGCCAGCCAACCUCAUUUCGCUCAGAUUCGUACCUCCAUCGCAUCAAAGAGUCCCUCCAUCAUCAGCAUGCAGCGGGGAUCCUCCUCUCGUUCUAGUCACGGUCACAUGGCCAGGGACCCCAGUUCGUUGCUUCGCCCUGAUAUAUGCAACAUAUCGCAACCUAAAUCGGUUUCACAGAACACGCAGAAGUUAUGUGAUGAUGACAGCGAAACUUCCAUUGAGUCCAACACGUCCGACAGCGGGAGAGGGGGCAGCGAAAGCGAUGUUCAGACUGGUUGCACAAUGACAAUUCCAAAAUCUAGGAAUCUAGGCUCCACGAGGUCUUUGAAAAUUGUAUACCAACCGGAUACGAGUCAUCGAUUAAAGCGCCACCUCAGUGAUCAAGCUAUUCCCCUUCAUGACAUUCACCCCGGGACUUUGGCUGCUAGCGAGGACCAAGAAUAUAUAAUAAUAAAAAAUCCAAAUUAUUGUCCAAGACCCAAAAUCAAUAGUAGCUUUAAAGAUGUUAAUAGUGUAUCUUCCAAUGACCGGAAGUUCAAACAAAAACCUUCAGUGCAUUGGAAUCCAGUGACACGAGUGCUUCAAGGAAGCGUAGCAACUAUUGAUGAACGUGAUGACGUCAGUUCUUCAACGUCAGGGAGUUAUACGGUCGAGCUUGAAGAUAUGACGUCACGAGAAUAUACUCAAGUGUGACCAAAUUGUAAGGCAUACUAGUACUUGUGACUGUAUCAAUAUUUAGGUCAAGUUCACGUUGAACUGACCUGGUUUGUUAAUUGGCCAGCAGUAGAGUGGUUUUUGUCUCGUGUAUGUAUGAUUGGCUGUUUGUGUCUGUAUUUGUGUAAGUGCAUGAAAGGACCAUUUAAACCAAAAUACUCAUAGCAGAUUUUCUACUCGUGCAUAGAAAAAAAACUAUGUAAGUAGAGAUCUCGGUUUUACCUCAUAGUGAGAAUAAUUAAAUUGAACAUUGACGAGUUUAAAUCCUUCCUAGCGAUUGGAGUGUGUACUAGAUCGAUGUAUGUGUGUGGGUCGCGAACAUGUCUUCCUAAUUCAUCAUUCCUUAAGUGCCAAAUCCUUCAUAAUUUCACAUGACUGUUUCUGAUCCAUUAUAAAUAUUUUAUGAUGUGUAUUAUAUAUAAUUAUAUUACAACUGUAUAUUAUGUUUCAAUAAACUUUUUAAAAA